CAGAGGCGGGGGGCCGGGGGGCAGAGGAGCAGCAGUCCCCCCCGGCCGGCCGCCCCCCGAUGCCCGGCCGCCGCCGGCGGGGAGCCCAGGGGGGGCCGGGGGCCCGCUCCUGCCUCCUCUGGCUCUUUGUGCUGCUGAAGAUUUCAGACUCAAAGAAAUUGAUACACACCCUUUGAAAGGCUGAAAUUAGUCUGUGAAAUGCCAUGUGGUAUGGACUUGACAGCUCUUUGAAAGAAACAAGGCUCGAGAUGUAGCUUUCACAAAUUCUCCUGGAUGCAAUCCGCUUCUUGUGCCUUGGUUGCAGGGAAGUGGGUCAACAGACUGUGCCAGCGGAUAAGAUAGAAAUAAAGAACUGUGUGACUGACUCCAGAACAUCAUUUAUAUGGAAAAGGCCAUGUUUCCUUCCUGCCCCAUGCUUCCACCUUCCACCAUUGUUGCACCUCUGGGCAGACAGAGCUGUAGCUGCUUACCAGGGUGGUGAAAACUGGACUUGUCCCAGGGAUGGAAUGCAGAACCAUUCCAAGUUACUGUCCGAGAAGACAAUUGUAUCAUUGUCUCCCUGGAAUCCUCUGAUGUGGUGAGCUCAUCCUCUGUAUAUGUUGUGAAGAUAGCUGGAGAAUCCAAGAACUACUUUUUCCAGUUCGAAGAAUUCAAUAGCACUUUACCUGCCCCUGUGAUUUUUAAUGCCAAAUACCAUGGCCUAUAUUACAUAGUAACUCUGUUGGUAGUGAACUCAAACAUGGUUUCCAAGUCAGCAAGAUCAAUCACUGUGUUAACCAAACCCCUUCCUGUGAGCAGUGUUUCUAUCUACGAUUACAAACCAUCUCCAGAAACAGGAGUGUUGUUUGAAAUUCAGUACCCAGAGAAGUACAAUGUUUUUACCAGAGUAAAUAUAAGCUAUUGGGAAGGAAAAGACUACCGAACAAUGCUGUACAAAGAUUUCUUUAAAGGUAAAACAGUUUUCAAUCACUGGCUGCCAGGAAUAUGCUACAGUAACAUCACAUUUCAGUUGGUAUCCGAAGCGACCUUCAACAAAAGCACGCUAGUGGAAUACAGUGGAGUCAGGCAUGAGCCCAAGCAUCACAGAACAGUUCCUUACCCACCUCGAAACAUUUCUGUUCAGAUUGUGCCAAUCAACAGAAACAACUGGGAAGAGCACAGUGGGAAUUUUCCUGAAGAACCAUUCAUGGGACCACAAAAAAUCAUAGGCAAAGAAAAGCUUAGCCGUUUUUCUGGUGAGCCACCUGUAACUCCAGCAGUGAACACAUCUGCAGCCUGGCCAGAUUACCGCUCUAACAGCACUGAGUAUGAAGCCACGUCACAGCCACAUUGGUGGCCUAACGAAGCUGAAUCGUCAGAGGGUGAAGAGGAGUUUGUCAAUGCAGUUCCCAGUGAUUACGAGGCCAAUGAAGUCAACACAUCUGGAGAACUCACACCAGAGCCUGCCCCUUUCCUUCCUGUACAAAUGGUGCUGACUUGGUUACCACCAAAGCCGCCAACUGCCUUUGAUGGUUUCCAUAUCAAUAUUGAAAGGGAAGAGAACUCCACGGAAUUUCUGACAGUAAGUGAGGACACUCACAAAUUUGUUGCUGAACUGGAAGAACCCGGAAAAUAUAAGUUGUCUGUAACAACAUUUAGCUCCUCUGGCUCUUGUGAAGUUCGGGGAAGUCAAUCAGCAAAAACACUCAGCUUUUACAUCAGCCCCACAGGUGAAUGGAUAGAAGAGCUCACGGAAAAGCCCCAGCACGUGACAGUGACAGUGCUCAGCUCCACUACUGCCCUGACAUCCUGGACAGCCUCACAAGAGAGUGGUGGCAACAGCACAAUUGUGUCUGUGGUCUCCCUGACAUGUCAGAAGCAAAAGGAAAGUCAAAGGCUUGAAAAACAUUACUGCACAGAGGUGAAUUCAAGCAGAAGCCUCAUUGAGAAUCUUGUUCCUGGUGCCCAGUACCAAGUUGUGGUUUACUUACAGAAAGGACCAUUGGUUGGACCACCUUCUGAUCCUGUUACAUUUUCCAUUGUGCCCACUGGAAUAAAGGAUCUGACACUUUACCCUUUGGGACCUACUGCUGUAGUUCUGAGCUGGAAUAGACCUUUUCUUGGCGUGUUCAGGAAGUAUGUUGUAGAAAUGUUUUACUUCAACCCAUCAACGAUGACCUCUGAGUGGACAACCUACUAUGAAAUUGCAGCAACCAUCUCCCUAACUGCCUCCGUGAGAAUAGCUAACCUGUUGCCUGCUUGGUAUUAUAAUUUCCGGGUCACCAUGGUGACCUGGGGGGACCCAGAGCUGAGCUGCUGUGACAGCUCCACCAUCAGCUUCAUUACAGCACCAGUGGCACCCGAGAUUACCUCGAUAGAAUAUUACAACCACCUUUUGUACGUCACUUGGACCUAUGGAGGAGACGGUACUGACCUCUCUCAUUCCAGGAUGCUGCAUUGGAUGGUCAUUGCAGAGGGGAAGAAAAAAAUCAAGAAGAGCGUAACACGCAGUGUGAUGACUGCAGUGUUGAGCUUGCCUCCAGGGGACAUUUACAAUGUUUCAGUGACUGCUUGUACUGAAAGAGGCAGCAAUACUUCCCUGCCCCAGCUUGUGAAAUUGGAACCAGCCCCUCCAAAAUCACUUUUUGCUGUCAACAAGACUCAGACCUCCGUGACUCUGCUGUGGGUGGAAGAAGGAGUGGCUGAUUUCUUUGAAGUCUACUGCCAGCAGGCUGGAUCCAUUCAGGAAGCAAAAGUCCAGGAACCUGUCACUGUCUCUUCACACGUAGUGACCAUUUCCAGCCUUACCCCUGCCACCUCUUACAACUGCAGUGUGACCACCUUCAGCCACAAUAGCCCCAGUGUCCCCACUUUCAUUGCGGUUUCUACCAUGGUCACCGAGAUGAAUCCCAACAUAGUGGUAAUCUCUGUAUUAGCCAUCCUAAGUAUCCUUCUGAUUGGACUGCUGCUGGUGACUCUUGUUGUACUCAGGAGAAAACAUCUACAAAUGGCCAGGGAGUGUGGGGCUGGAACCUUUGUCAACUUUGCGUCUUUAGAGAGAGAUGGAAAGCUUCCAUAUAAUUGGAGUAAAAAUGGAUUAAAGAAGAGGAAGCUGACCAACCCUGUCCAGUUGGAUGAUUUUGAUGGCUACAUCAAGGAUAUGGCCAAAGAUUCUGAUUAUAAAUUUUCUCUGCAAUUUGAGGAGCUAAAACUGAUUGGGCUUGACAUACCACAUUUUGCUGCUGAUCUUCCCAUGAAUCGCUGUAAAAAUCGCUACACAAAUAUCCUACCAUAUGAUUUUAGUCGUGUCCGGUUAGUCUCAAUGAAUGAAGAAGAGGGAUCUGACUACAUUAAUGCCAACUAUAUUCCUGGUUAUAAUUCACCCCAGGAAUACAUUGCAACCCAAGGACCACUGCCAGAAACCAGAAAUGAUUUUUGGAAGAUGGUUCUUCAGCAAAAAUCUCAAAUUAUUGUUAUGCUCACUCAGUGUAAUGAAAAAAGAAGGGUGAAAUGUGAUCAUUACUGGCCUUUUACAGAAGAUCCUGUUGCGUAUGGGGACAUUACUGUGGAGAUGCUGUCUGAGGAGGAGCACACAGAUUGGGUUUAUAGGAAUUUCCGAAUUUGCUAUGCUGAUGAGGUGCAAGACGUGAUGCAUUUUAACUACACUGCCUGGCCAGACCACGGUGUCCCCACAACCAAUGCCGCUGAAAGCAUCCUGCAGUUCGUGCAGAUGGUCAGGCAGAAAUCAGCAAAGAGCAAAGGCCCCAUGAUCAUACACUGCAGUGCUGGAGUGGGACGAACAGGAACCUUCAUAGCCCUGGACCGACUCUUACAGCACAUCCGUGACCACGAGUUUGUAGAUAUAUUGGGCCUGGUGUCUGACAUGCGGUCCUACAGGAUGUCCAUGGUGCAGACAGAGGAACAAUACAUUUUUAUCCACCAGUGUGUGCAAUUGAUGUGGCAAAAGAAGAAGCAGCAGUUUUGCAUCAGCGAUGUCAUAUAUGAGAACGUCAGCAAGUCCUAGUUUGGAGUUACAGGUGAUGAGACCAUGAAGCACACCCAUCUUCCCUUGCUUCCAAUUUUUCCUUCUGAUGGCUCGAACUGUCAGCUGUUCUGCCAUGAGAGACCACUGCCUUGCAGUACGCGGACAAUGAAAGACAGAAACUUUAACUUUCAGAAGCACUGGGGAGACAAAGCCUUAACGAGCCUGCGGUGUCUUUUGAACUGUUUAAUUUCCGGACAUUUUUAAAAAUACUGGACCAAAUUCAACCGAACAACAUGAAGGAAAAGACACUAUAACAUGUGCAUAAAAUAGAUUGCUCCAGAGCAUUUGUUAUAUUUGGUACUUUCAGUUUUUUUUUUUUUUUUCUGUGCAGGUUGGGCUUAAGGUUAAAGUAAGUGCAAUAUUUUUUUAGUGGUUUAAUGAAGAGCUUUCUUCAUGUGUCACUGGUCUGUGCUAAUGUCCAUAGGAGAGCAGGCAUUGUUAGUAUCUAAUAAUACCUCAUUAGUGAAUAGCGAGGCAUGAACAUACAUGAAGAAAUCUGGAGAUGGUGAAAAGGGGGGUGGGGGUGCUGGGUACCUGGACUGGGCUGUUUCUUACAGCCCUGACGUUCUGUGCUUGGAGCCUGGGGAGACACAAGACCUAAGGAAUGGAUGGACUGUCAGAAAUCCAAACCAUGGAGCCGAAAGCUGAAACAGGCAGCCAAUGCUGAGAAAUGGGAUCAUUUUGGUUCGUGACAGUGCAACUACUAAUUAAGAAGAGGGAUUGCUCUUUUCACCAACCUUUUCAGUAAUGCCAUUGAUCAGGAUUUUUUUUUUUUUUAGAUAAAUCUAAUCAAAGUGCAGCUGAAUUUUAAGCUGGGAUAUCUUAGACUCCAUUACUAUAGCAUUUAACUGUUUGAGCAGUCUAUGGUGCCUAUGCCCCUCAUUUGUUUAUUAUUUUUAAUAAGUAUUAAACCUGUGUAAAAAUCUGAAGCUGAUUCAGGUUGGGGAAAAAAAAAAAAAGAAAAAAAAAAGUGCUUUAAUGGAUGUAACUACUUCUCCGGGCUGGGAAUUCAUGGUGUUACACGAACAGUAAUUUUGGCAUGUGAAGGGAUGUUUAUCGCUUUAUUGCUACGAGGCUGCCAAAGUGUCAGCAUGGAUUCCUGCAGGGACGUCGGGUCAGGGCGAGGGGCUCUUUUCUUUUUUGCUGUCAGUUUCAGUUCUAGUCAGAAUAAUUAGCUACAUAUUUUUUUUGUCUUUGUAUAAUUCCGGUACAUCAUUGUGUAUUGUGACAUGGAUGCUGUCAGAAUGGAUGUUUGAUAGCAUUUUAUAGCCUGUUGCUUUGUGUCACCUCAUUGGAAGUUAGCAGCAAUGGUAAAUCAAUGUAAACAAAACAAACUUGAACUGAAAGUAAACACACUGGAUUGCUUA